UCAAUAAUUACCUUUUAUUAUAAUAUAAUAUUUACUUCAUCAAAUAAAUAAAAAUACAAAUCCCCAUCCAUAAAAGUAAUAAUUAUUGUGAACAAAUGUAAUAAUUUUAAAAUAUUACAUUUAUGCAUAUUAAUAAUUAAUACUUUUUAUUAUGAUAAUAUUUACUUCAUCAAAUAAAUAAAAGUACAAAUUCUUAUUCAUAAAAGUAAUAAUUAUUGUGAACAAAUGCAAUUAUUUUAAAGCAUUACUUUUUUUCAUCUUAAUAGUUACUUUAUAUUUCAACAAUAAUUACUACUUGACAAAAUUAAUAAAUCUCUUGGGUGACUAAAUUACUCGUCCUCAAUCUUAUCAACAAUCCACGCAAUCCCCUUCAAAUUUUCCUUUCCCUUAAUUUUUCGCCAAAUCCAAAAUCAAAACACAAAUCCCCUCUCUCCUUCAAAAUCCGCCGCCACCACAGCUUCCUCCGGCAAGGCCACCGCCUCUCGGGGCACCGACGUCGACCCAAUAUCUCCUCUCUCUUUGGCUGAAUCGCCACAGCUGCUCUCUACCACCUGCAGCCGCUGAGCACAGCGCCGCUGCCUCUAUCGGCAACGCUUUCCCCAAUAACGUCGCCCCUCCUUUAUUUGCAGGUCCCCCCUGAAUCCAGCGAGUGCUACCCCUUUUUCUCUGGCGGAAUUUCUCUUCCCCAAAUCGACCCCUAAUUUUCCAGCACGGGCUGCCGAAGGAAAUGAAAUUUAUUUGAAAAAUGCCUUUUAUAUUUCUGUGGUUUGGGUGUGGUUUGGGUCGGGCCGGGUCCAUAAACGGGUCGGGGGAACCAGUCGCAUAGCAUGCGGUUAACCGCAUACAAUAAAUUGCGCGUCUAGAAUACUCUUUUUAAUUCCUCAAUUCUCAUUCUUACUGAACCAGCUCAACAGAACAGGGGUUUUGCUAGGGUUUAAUAUCUCUUCCCACUCUAACCUUGUACACGGUUUCCCAUUUCUAAGAAAUUCAAAACCUUAUGGCCUUCGCUUCAGCUUUCCGUCGCGUUUUUAACGGAUCAUCCACGCCGUCGCUCAAUAUACGCUCGCAGUUCUGUUCGAUUCGCUUCAGUUCCACGCUUCCGACGCUCACCUCUCCUAAGCUCUUCAUCAGCGGUCUUUCAAGAACGACAACUGAUGAUAACCUAUACAAGGCAUUUGCACCUUUUGGAAAUCUUCGUGAGGCAAAAAUUAUCAUUGACAGAGGCUCUGGGAAAUCAAGGGGGUUCGGUUUUGUAACUUAUGAUACUGUGGAAGAAGCUGAGAAGGCAAGGGAGGGAAUGAAUGCCAAGUUCCUUGAUGGUUGGGUAAUUUUUGUCGACCCGGCCAAACCGAGGGAAGCUCCUCAACAACCUCCUCCUCCUCGGCGAGACAUGCAAUCUACUGAAACCGGUUACACUACAAACAGGACGGUUGGAUGGAGUGGCUAUUGACUUCUAUCCAAAUUCUUUGGAAGAUAUUUUGUAAUUGACUGAAAUAUAAUAGCUUUUGGAGAAACUGGACUAUUUAUUGAGACAUUUGGACUGCAGAAUCUGUGGCCAGUCGAAGUGAAUUGUAUACUAGUACAAUAUGCAAUAGCUGGAGAUAUAUUUAUAUCUGCAUCUGGCAAUGGCAUGAUGAAAAAGUCACAGGCUAGUUUGUUACAUUGUUUCUA